UAAUACUAACAAAUUGAAGAUUAUACAAAAUCAAGAGCUGAAUUUGGCUUGCAGCUUUUCAGUCUGAAAAGUUAAAAUAGCGUGGAAACGGCGCGUACUUUAAGUUAUUAUGCGCGCGCGUUUUGGGAAUAAAUUCUACGGAUGAUCUUGUGUAGAACUUUUAUGUUCUUGAAAGCUGUGUUGAUGAUAAUGCAAACGUCUUUCCGGCUUUUCAAACAGUUCCAACGGCUCUAUAUGAAUUAACAGUAAAUAAGCUUUUGUAUAUUUAAUUUCCAGACAUCAUGCCGAAGACGAGCAAUCUUCCUGGAGAUUGUUCUUUCUCCUACCGUGAGCGCUCCAAGUAUCAUCGUCUGUGGUCAUCAGCGGCAGGAGGGGGUGAGUUUCACCGCCGAUCGCCCCUGACUGCAUCAGUCUGCGAUACCAGAGUAUGGAAGGCUGUCAUGGAUCACUUAGAUAUCCAGUGUGACUUCCUACAUCGACUACGACGACAGACAGACAAGAGGUUUGUCACUAUGACAACUGAUGACAUCAUGGCUGGGAUGACGGAAGUACUAGACCGGGCAAGCUACAGUUUGACGGAACGCUACGACCAUCCCAAGCCUCCAUCACCGGAUCUAAUCCGAUGCAAGAUGACAGAAGGCAUCCCUGAGGAGCUUCUCUUCAGUCUUGAGGAGGAUGGAGAGAUGACCAGCGAUGGCAGCCCAGGAAGCUCAUGUGACUCCUCCACCCUCACUGCCUCCUCAACCAUGACUUCGAGCGGGACCCUGAUAGCAACUGAGGACUUAGAGGAGUUGAGGCCGGAGGGCAGCGACUGGGAGACACUCAGUCCCCCUAUGGACUGCGAGAAGGUACCCGAUGAAGGACCUCCUAGAAAGGGUGAAUUUUGGAUCGAGGGAGGAGUGGAGGAUCAGGAAGCUCAAGGAGGAACGUGGAGGGAUGCCAUCUGCUUCAGGCAGUAUCACAGCUUAAGACAUCCGAAAAUGUCCUGGAGAAGAGCCCACGAGUCGGUGAGGAGGAGAAGAAUACUGACUAGCAGAGGACGACACGGGCGAGGCAGUCAAGCAUGGUCACCAAGACUCAACGUCUCAUGGACAAGCAUCGAGGAAGAAAUCAAGAAAGGAGGAUUACUGUCGUCACCAGUCAAGUUGACGACUUUGGUACCAUCACCUGUGCGCGUUCCUGCUAGUGUUAGCAAGAUAAACGAAGAACGAGCAGCGAAGGGCGCGGAAAAGGUAUCACCAAAGUCUGAUGUGAAGAAAACACAAGAUAGAAAACCGGGAAAGGAAGCUCUGGCCCAAAGUAAUCGAAAAGACGAGUCGGAAUCACAAGAGAAGCAAAGCAAGAAACCUGUGAUGGGACAAAAGCGCACACAGGGGUCGACCUUGACCAAUGAUUCACCUGACAUCCCAGCGGCUUGGCGAGUUGGUGGCAAGAGAAACACAAAUCAUGGAAACAAUACAGCGAAGCAAACGAGGAAGAAUGACCGAGCUGGCGGCGCGUCAGCAGGGGCGAGUGUCUCUGAAGCAGACGCUACACUCGUGUCUGACAUGGAGCAGUACAUCACAGCUCAACCUUUUGUGCCGAAAGGCAAACCAUUGCCAAAGACUACACAGCCUGCGCGUGGACGCGGGACUGAAACAAUAACAAUCAAAAAUGGUGUGAAAGAGAGCGGCAAAAGGAACCAAAACGUGGCGCCAAACAAAAGCAAUGUUAGUUCCAAGAACAAACGUAAAGGUGAGGCGAACGAGCACUUAAAACCAACACAAGAGAAUGCUGACAAAAAGCAACGGCUUGAGACUGCUUCGCAACAAUCGUCAACGCAUGCGAAGACAUUCCAACGCGAGCAACUUCCAAUCCCCGUCAUAGAGAAGGGCGUGGUCCACCAUCGACAUCCGUCGCCACCAACGAUCCAACAAACAACAGAGGGCGUCAACCGUCCAAACACAGAUCCAACGGCCACGGGACACAGAGAUAAGACCGAGAGGCCCAACGAUCUACCGGCCCAAGAACCCACUGGACGACACGUGGUGGCGCCUCAACGUACAGGACAACAACAGCAACAGCAGCAUAACCAGCAGGUUAAUGGGGCACUACUCGGCCCAGAGCCUAAGGCGAUGCCAGGCACUGAAGCGGGUAGAGGGAGGGGAGCCGUGGGGCCACCUGGCAUACUAGGUCCUGCUCCCUGGAACCAACAUCCCGGUAUGGCUUUCAUUCAUCGACAUCCUGGCGUCCCACCACAGAUUCCCGCCCAAAUACCUUUCGUCAAUUUGCCGCUUCCAAUUUGGCCCGCAAAUAGGUCAUAUCCCAGCUCCCAACUUCCUCAGCAACAUCAUCAAAUGCAAGGUGUGCCCAAUCACGUACAGCAGCCGUUCCCGAACGGUCGGCACCCGCAGGAGCAGAUGUUGAGGAUGAUGCAUCCACAGCAGAUAUUCACGAACAGUCACCAGCAGGAGCAGAUACAAAUGAUGCAGCUACAACAGCCUUUCGCGAAUGGCCGUCAACAGGACCAGAUGCCGAUGAUGCAGCCGCAGCAACCGUUCGUGAAUAGGCAUCUGCAGGGGCAAGUUCCAAUGGUGCAGCAAGCGGCACAAGGGCAGCCUCGACCGAUGGUUAUGCUGGAGGACCCGUGCAUUUUAUUUGCUCAACGCAACAACUUUCAACAAAAUGGCCAGAACAACAACAACCCCAAGAGUGGAUACCAGUCUCGUCAACAAGAGUCCACUAAUCAACCACAACUCAACCAACAGAAUCAACUCGGUCACCAGGGGCAACCGUAUCAACGGAACCAGCGACAGCAACUCCCCCAAGGACAGUAUCAGCAAAACAACAACUCGAACCACCACAUUCAACGGCAACAACAGCAACAACAGCAGCAACAGCAGUAGCAACGUCGACAACAGUUGCUUUGGAAGAAGAACGAACGAGAAAUAGCAUCACCCAACAUCUUCUCUAAAACAAUGCUCUUGUACAAUUUUAUUUUACUUUUAAAAUGUGUCAUUAUUUAUGCCCAUUAAACAAAAACUGUUAACUGUAAGAACAGUUAUUAAAUGUUUCAUGAAUAUAGAACGUGAUGUUGCUACACAUGUCGUCCCAUUCUGACUCCAUCUUCGGCGCUGAUCAUCAAGAGUAAUGGAAACAGCUCCCUCAACGUCCAUUUUCGUUAAUUUGUUUGCUCUGAGGUGAAACUGCGGUUGAUAAAUGACCUCGUAUUAAAGUUGAACAUAAUUUUAACCUGAUUACUUGUACAUUUUAUGAUAUUGAAAUUUAAGCCUUAAGACUCUCAAUUUGCAUUCUUUGUAUUCAUGAUUAUUUAGCAUGAUCUUUCCUCUAUUAAAGAUGUUAUAGGAUGUUAUAAGAUAACCCUUCCAUGAUUAUUGACAGCAAGCUUAUUUUUUUUGUCCUACACUAUGCCAGAUGGCAUCACACGUAAGACUUCCAAGGAUGAAAUGUGCGGGCAACAGUCUCUGUGUCACGUCAGGCUUACCAUAAUCUUCACCUGUUUCGGGGAAAAUGUUAAAUUGUGGAAUCCGAUGUACUGUACUUGUAUUGCCAUUGAAACCACGACAACAAAGAAUUAUCAUUGAUCCUCUCGCCCCCCAGCCGGAAACGUCCCAUUUCCUGUGUUCGUUCUGACGUCUGUAGCAAAAUGAAAUCAUUCAAUCUGGGUAAACGAACGUAUACAGUCGCUACGAGCAUCCCUUAAAAGACAAUAGAACAAUAUGAUGUAUUAUUAAACACUAAAAAAAAAUAACUUUAUUUCUCCCAUUAAAAAAAACAUCAGAGCGGAGAAGAUACCCUCCGAGCAAAGCCGAACCUAUAGCCGAGCCGAACCGAGUCAAGCCGAACCGAGUAAAAAAAAAACCGAGCUGAGAAAAUACCCUCCGAGCAAAGCCGAACAAAGCCGAGCUUAACCGAGUGAAGCUGAACUGAGCUUUGAAUUCCGUUAAAUAGUAACACCUCUGUGAAUCCAAGCAGACCUUUUCUUUGUGGAAUUUUUUUUAGGCGACCUUUUAUUCUGGCAUGCAGCCCUGAGGUGGAACCACGUACUUCUCCGGAAUUUCCCUUCUUACUGAGACCUGGAAACAUUAAUGAAAGCCACAUUACUUUCUCGACAUUGCUUUGCUAUGCCUUGAAGUCCGUUGGCAUUCACGUGGAAUAUUAUGACUCAAGCAUGAUUUUCUUCGACACAGAGUAGGAAAGCGGUAAUCAGUAAAUGACACAGCACAAUUACAUUUUAAUAGGAAGAAAAGUAAAGGUGAAUAUUACAUUGGAGAACAAAAUGAUUGUAAAUAUUCAUAAGUUCGACUUUGUUAUGGGAAAAAUGUAGAAAUAUGUCGUCUGACAAGAUCUUUGCAAUAGUACAAACGCGUCAACAGGCAUUGUGGUUGGCUUAUUUGUGUCCUUACGCAAGCUAUUUUACCCAAUUUGAUUACUUCCAUUCUGAGAAUCUAGUAUUAGUAAUUUCUAACUACAUGUAUCAGAUAGUAUAAGAACAUGUUUUAAUAAACUGAUGCCAAUUCACGGUCAUACCCGGAAAGUUUA